AUGGCCGACAGCAACGUUAACCACCGCACCAGCGACGAUGGCGGUCAAGAGAACGCGAGAUCCACUAAGCGACGUCGAACGUCCGGCUCCCUCUCCUCCCGUGGAGUCGCAAACUUAACCCCAGAGCAGCUGGCGAGGAAGCGUGCUAAUGACCGCGAAGCCCAGCGCGCCAUCCGUGAGAGAACCAAGAACCAGAUCGAGCGUCUCAACAAUCGGAUCCAUGAGCUCGAGUCGCAGCAGCCGUACAAUGAGCUGCAGACGGUGCUCAGGCAGAAGGAAGCCGUCCAAGCAGAGAACGACGACCUUCGCCAACGAUUAGCCUCAAUCAUGAGCAUCAUCCAACCGACCCUUGGAGCUCAAGGCCUCAAUGAUCUUGCUGCCGCUGCUGAGCGCAGCCCAAUGGCGCUGCAGCCACCAGAUCUUGACCGAGCGCAGCAGCAUCUACACGCUCCACCACCGCACCCGCAUCCUCCCCCGGUAGCGGCCAUGGCUGACAUGGAAGCCACCAACAGUCAGGCAGAGUCGCCUUCGGCCGCCAGCGCAACGUCAACGAACCGGCACUGGUCUUUCCCGGGCCUCGCGCCCACAAGCCAUGUUCGAGGAUACGCGCCGCCGUUCGACCAGCAGGAUCAGCAUCGCGACAGCAUGGCACAAGAUAUGGGCUAUUCGCAGGCUGAUGAGCGAUUGGGGCUGCCCUUCCUCCUCGACAGCAACCAGCACCAUCCAUCCAGAGGGCUGAACGGCACCUCACCGCACGCAGCAGUGCCCUCCCCCGGGCCCGCCAGGACAAGUGACCGCAGCGCGCUCGUCGCCCACUCUACACUUCCCCUCACGAUAGAGGCCACUUGCCCGCUCGAUAACCUCCUCAUCGACUUCCUCGCCCAACAACACGCGCAAGCCGCCGAAGGCGCAUCCAGUAAAGCGCUCGUGGGGCCUCGCUAUCCUAACUUCUCUGCCCUUCUCUAUCCAAGCGGAACCGUACCAUCUCAUCCGCUGUCUAAGGUCAUGACGGACAUCCUGCGAACAUUUCCAGAUGUCGACUCGCUACCGGAGCAGGUUGCGAUAGUCUUCAUUAUGUUCUUGAUCAUGCGCUGGCAGGUUGAGCCCACGCCUGAGAACUACGACCGACUGCCCGACUGGAUGACGCCGAGGCCGAGCCAGCUGUUUACCCACCAUCCGGCGUGGGUGGAUCAUAUCCCGUGGCCCCGCCUCCGCGACCGCAUGGUCCACGCCCACGACGCGAUCCCCUUCGACGCCUUCUUCAUCCCCUACACGACGACCCUCUCGCUCAACUGGCCCUACGCAGCGCGCGACGUGCUGAUCCCAGCCACCGCAACAACCGCAACGCACACCUCAGGCACAACCUCUUCCUUCUCAGCAACCUCACCAUUCUCAACAGCAGCGCGUCUAGGCUCACCGCCGGAGGCGGCAGAUGGCAACGGCGGAGUGGUGCAGUGGCGCAUCAACCCGGCCUUUGAGACCCACCUGAGGGAUAUCACAAACUGGAGCUUGGGACCCGCGUUUAGGGAUGCGUUUCCGGAGCUUGCGCAUACGGUCAAGAUUCAGGAGAGGAGAUAG